AUGAACUUUUUCAGUGUCAAGCAACAGUACUACACGGGGAACUUCAAAGCAGCGCUUUCAAGCCUUGAAAAACAUCCAGAAAACAGCUCUGAAAUCGCAGAGUUCUACAAAGCCAAAUGUCUCCAGGCUCUGGACCAAUUGAGCUCUUUUCAAAGCCAAAGUGCAUUGGGGCCUGUUUUCGAAGCAUACACAGCUGCCAUUGAUACCGGGGACCUUGCAAACUUGGAAAAAGCCGCUUCAAACCAUAAAUCACUGUUUGCCCUAAAUCUUCUCGCCACGGCGCAGGCGACGCAGGGCCAGCUGGAAUCCGCGCUCGAAACAUGCAAUGAAGCGCUCGCGGGUGAUUUGGGGCCCGGGGCCACGGAACUGGCGCUGUUGGCCGUGCAAGUCUCGGUUAUGGACCCUCGAAGAGCUUCUGUGGGCGCCCAGAUCCUCCAAAACUUCUUGGCAGCCAAGGAAGACAACUACGCCAAUGAGGACGAGAUCAUCGUCAAUUUUGCGGAGUCAUAUGUGAACUUUGCGCUGGGUCGCGAAGUCUCGGGGUCCAAUUUCUAUUUCUUCGAAGAGUUGUCCCAAACGCUGCCCUGCUGGAAAACGCAGCUGGCGCUGCUGAGCUCGCAUUUGCAGCAGAGUAACCUUCCUGAGGCCCAGACUAUUGUUGACUUGUUGGACUCGGAAUUUUACCAAAACCAGACCGAGUCUGCCAAGCUGUACACGCCCGAAUUUAUCGCUAAUAAGAUCACCUUGGCUGCCAUGCAAGGCGAGCACGUCGAUGCCCUCAGAGACGAGCUGCUACAGACUACUCCGAAUCAUCCAUUGUGUCGGGAUUACAAAACCAACAACGCCAAAUUUGAUGAGAUCAUUGCCAAAUACGCAUAA